CCACGGUUCCACCAUUUAUAUUUCCUUCUCAAACCUCUCUCCCUCUCUAUCUCUCUUUAAAAUGGCUCAGGUACAAAGUGGCCAAGACAGUGAAGGGAUUAAGCUGUUUGGCACAACAAUCACGUUGCAUGGAGGUAGAGAAACUAGAGAAAGAAGUGAAGACAAAAAGGGAAGUGGAGAAGAGAGAGAUCAGGAGAAAAAGCCUGAUAAAAUCAUACCAUGCCCUAGAUGCAAGAGCAUGGAGACCAAGUUUUGCUACUUCAACAACUACAACGUUAAUCAGCCAAGGCAUUUCUGCAAGGGCUGCCAGAGGUACUGGACGGCCGGCGGGGCCCUCCGCAACGUGCCCGUAGGGGUCGGCCGGAGAAAGAUGAGGCCGUCGUGCGACGAGUUGCUGGACGGUGGUGGUAGCAUAUGUGAUGCAUCUGCCACCGUCGAGCAGCUAGGUUUGGGGACUCAUCGUGAAUGGCACGAGGCUGCCGCCAUGUUUCAUGGUGAUUUCCGACAACUUUUUCCAUCUAAAAGGCCGAGAACCACCGCGGGCUCAGGUGGUCAACCUUGUUAAUUAACAGCCAUACUCUUUUUCUUUCUUUUGUUUAGUGUUAUAUUGAAAAAUAUGGAAUGUUUAUUUUACUUCUUUUUUCCUUAUUUGGUGGGCAUAAGUCGUCUCCCUUAGUUUGAGAUUUUUUAGUUUGAUUUUCUUGCCUUAAAAAAAUUGAAUGAGUAUAGAAAGUCUAUGUAAGCAGGAUAAAUAAUUAAGAUGAUUGGAUAUUCAUGGGAAUGUGUAUACAAUACACACUCCAUAUUAGAAGAUAAAGAUAGGAAAACAAA